CGCGGUUAUUUGAGCCACCAUGCGCCCCCUAGAGGAAUAUUAUAUUCUUCUCAUAUUCACAGUUGUUUGCUAGCAACAUUUCCACCCAAUGAAUGAAACCCACAUGCUUCUAUCUGAGUUUCAAGAAUUAUCACUCCACUUAGCUAGGUAACGUAAUCUAAGUUACAGCUUCCGAUACACAGUGACGAACCACAAAGACAAUGACACAGCCAGCAGACUCUGUUCUACACAGCGGUUAUUUCCAUCCAACUCUCCGAUACUGGCAGACCUGCGCUUCAGACCUCAGACCGGAUAACCUCAUAUAUCCAAUUUUCAUUACUGACAGCCCUGAUGCAGUGGAACCAAUUGCAAGUCUACCUGGUCAGGCAAGAUAUGGUGUUAAUAAGCUAGAACGUGUACUUCGUCCCCUUGUGGAAAAAGGCCUGAAGUGUGUGCUGAUCUUCGGAGUUCCUGCUAAAGUUGAAAAGGACGAGAGAGGCUCUGGUGCAGACACAGAUGACACUCCAGCAGUGCUGGCUGUGAAGAAACUGAGGAGCACGUUCCCUGAUCUAGUGUUGGCCUGUGAUGUGUGCCUUUGCCCCUAUACUUCUCAUGGCCACUGUGGAAUUCUGCGUGAAGAUGGAACACUGGAUAAUGCCCAAAGCUGUAUGAGGUUGGCAGAAGUAGCGCUGGCCUAUGCUCGAGCAGGCUGCCACAUCAUUGCCCCUUCAGAUAUGAUGGAUGGGCGAAUUGCAUCCAUUAAGCAAGCGCUCAUAUCCAAUGAUUUUGGAAACAAGGUGUCAGUGCUAAGCUACAGUGCUAAAUUUGCCUCCUGCUACUAUGGACCAUUCAGGGAUGCUGCCCAGUCUAAACCUGCGUUUGGAGACAGGCGAUGCUAUCAGCUGCCCCCCGGUGCCAGAGGAUUAGCACUAAGGGCUUGUGACCGAGAUGUGAAAGAAGGGGCUGAUAUGCUGAUGGUGAAACCUGGAUUACCUUACCUUGAUAUAGUGAGGGAGGUCAAAAAUAAGCAUCCUACUCACCCGCUGGCAGUGUAUAAUGUAUCAGGUGAGUUUGCCAUGCUAUGGCAUGGAGCUCAAGCCGGAGCUUUUGACCUGCGAACCGCGGUUAUGGAGUCUAUGACUGCCUUCCGUCGAGCAGGAGCUGACAUCAUUAUCACCUACUACACCCCACAACUGCUCACAUGGUUAACUGAGUAACAGUCGAUUAACCUGUGUGAAUGAACUCGGAUCAGAGCACAUCGAUGAGGCUGAUUUUCAAAUAUCUUAGGACUUGAAGCAAAACUGACAACCAGAUAAUAACCUAUGUUUUGUAUUCAUGUAUCAUGUUAUAGAAAUUCAGAAAGCUCUCAAAUUAUGUCAACGUUUAGUUAUAUUCAUUUGUUUGGUUUCUGGUCAUUAAUUUAGUCAUUUGUGUUAUGUACACCACAUAUGUUAUCAUUUUCCUUUAACACUGCAGAAACACUGAAAAGGGACCCUGGGUUUAUCGUUACCGCUGUUUAGCUCUAUAUGAAUGUACUGGUAAUUCCAAUGACAGUGGAUGCCUUGUUGUUAUCUAUAAACCAGAAUAAAGCUAGAUUCA